AUUACAUCGAUAAAUGUCAUUGUAUCCGCGCGUCCCGUCGAACGUAUAUUUGAAUACGUAAAAUAAGUUUCAAAUAAACCGAAGAUUAGCUGAUAUGUCGAAACGGAAAAACUCGACGUCGAAGAAAGGCCGUGCCAAAACGCGAAAGGCUGAGUACGACGACGAGAACAUUUCCAGCGAGCAUGAAUCGGAUGUUGAUGACGCCGCCGAGACCGGUUCGAAUGCUGACUGUGAGGACGCUGCCGAGGAUGAUCUUACCGAUGUCUCCAGCUUCCCUGAACUGCCGCCACCGGAGGGAGGAUGGGGAAAACCAGGAACAUUGCUCAUGUGUGGCCUCACGAAUUGGGAGAUGGCAGGUCGUAAGGCACCACCGAAAGGAGUUAAGGCUAAUGUAGGACGCAGUUUGUGGACACCACAUACGUUUAAGAACUUGAACGACGCAAGGGUUAGACUGGUUGCAUCUGGUCCAGCUGCUUCGCAUAGUAUUAUUGUUACCGAGGAUAACAGAUGCUUAGCUUUUGGUAGAAAUGACAAAGGUCAGUUGGGUAUCGGAGAUGCGAAACGUCGAGACGAACCUACUGAAGUGACGGCGCUAAAGGGGCACACAGUGAUAGCAGCAUUUUGCGGUCGUAAUCACACAUUAUUUUUAACAAGUCGCGGCAUAGUAUUCGGCGCUGGCGACAAUAAGUUAGGCCAAUGCGGAGUCGGAAAGAACGAUGCCUGUAUUGUCACGGCGACCAAAGUAAAAUACACCGGUCCACCCAUAGUGAAAAUAGGUUGUGGCGCAGAUUUCUCAAUGAUCCUGGACAUUAAAGGUGGCCUGCACUCGUUCGGAAGUCCAGAGUACGGAGCAUUGGGCCACAACACCGAUGGGAAAUAUUUCAUAACGAACACAAAGAUGGCAUUCCAUUUUGAAAAAGUGCCUAAACGAAUCGUUUUGUACGUCGAGAGAGCAAAAGACGGCCACGUAAUGCCUCUGGAUCGCGUUGAAAUUACCGACUUCAGCUGCGGUCAUUAUCAUACCGUUGCGAUCGAUAGUAAAAAUCGUGCAUUCUCCUGGGGUUUCGGUGGUAUCGGCCGUUUAGGCCACAACGAGCAACGGGACGAGCUAGUGCCUCGUUUAAUCAAGUUCUUAGAGCCACCGAGUCGAGGCGUCAGGGCUGUACAUUGCGGCAGCACUUACAGCAUCGCGAUCAAUGUGCACGGAACAGCCUUGAUGUUCGGCCAAACGAAACGUACCGGAGAAGCAAAUAUGUACCCGAAACCAAUUCAGGAUUUAUCUGGUUGGGAGAUACGAUGCGUCGGAUGUUCGCAAACCAGCGUUGUGGUUGCAGCCGACGAAUCGGUUAUCGCUUGGGGUGCUAGUCCUACAUUUGGUGAACUGGGAUUCGGUGAAAUGCGCAAAUCCUCGACCACUCCAAUGGAAGUGAAAGCGUUAGAAGGUUUAUAUGUUACCGCCAUUACCUGCGGUAUUUCUCAUACGCUUAUGAUUUGCCGGGAUGAAUCCGAGGAGGAGAAAGCUAAGAUCAACAAACUUCAAGUAUAUUCUGUUUAAGUAAUACGAUUCACAAUCAUGUAAUGGGAAAAGCCGCAACAUUACUCUGUGUUCAUCAUUGUCACGAGGACGGAUUUACAAAACCAGGAAAUUGUAUCACCACAUCCGAUAUCCCAAUAAGCUAUCGAACGAACGUCAAAUCAUAGAUAGGAAAGAUCUGUGAGCGGUUAUUGAUAGAGACUGCAGAAAACGUCCAUAUUAAAUACAGACUUAACGAUUACUUUAUUAUGUACUUCCACCUUUACUUAAUAUACAAUGGAAUGUUUACCAUAAUAGGGAACCCCAUUUUGUUAGUAGCUCAGGAUAUAGACCAAACGA